GGCGAGGCGGCGGCAGUGGCGGACGGGGCGCUGCGGUCGCCGGAAAAUGACUGCAGUGUUGGAAGAUUAUUGCUAUUGGAAAGCCGGUUGACAUCCAUUCCUUACAAGAAUCUUGACCACCAUUUGCUCUGGCAUGGCGCAAAGCAAUCCGCAACUGGAUAUUCAGGUUCUCCAUGAUCUCCGACAGCGUUUCCCUGAGAUUCCAGAGAAUGUGGUGUCUCGAUGCAUGUUACAGAAUAACAACAAUCUUGAAGCCUGUUGCCGAGCCCUUUCCCAGGAGAGUAGCAAAUACUUGUAUAUGGAAUACCACAGUCCAGAUGACAACAGGAUGAAUAGAAAUCGCCUUUUACAUAUUAACCUGGGUAUCCAUUCUUCUGGUAGCUACCACCCAGGAGAUGGAGCUCAACUUAAUGGCGGUCGAACACUGGUGCAUAGCUCAAGUGAUGGACAUAUCGAUCCACAGCAUGCAGCAGGUAAACAGCUGAUAUGUUUAGUUCAGGAACCACACUCAGCUCCAGCCGUUGUGGCUGCUACUCCCAACUACAAUCCAUUUUUUAUGAAUGAACAGAACAGAAGUGCAGCUACUCCUUCACAACCUCAGCAACCAUCUUCCAUUCAAACAGGAAUGAAUCCAUCUGCUAUGCAAGGGCCUUCACCACCACCGCCACCUCCUUCAUACAUGCACUUACCUCGGUAUAGUACAAACCCAAUUACUGUUACAGUAUCCCAAAACCUCCCUUCUGGACAGACUGUACCAAGAGCUUUACAAAUUCUUCCACAAAUUCCAAGCAAUCUCUAUGGGUCUCCUGGUUCUAUUUAUAUUAGACAGACAUCUCAAACUUCAUCAGGAAGACAAACUCCUCAGAGUACGCCAUGGCAGUCCUCACCACAGGGCCCAGUGCCUCAUUACAGUCAACGUCCUUUACCUGUGUAUCCACAUCAACAGAACUAUCAACCUUCUCAGUAUUCUCCCAAACAACAACAGAUCCCUCAACCUACUUAUCAUUCACCACCACCUUCUCAAUGUCCCUCCCCCUUCAGCUCUCCACAGCAUCAAGUGCAACCUACUCAGUUGGGCCACCCAAGUUCCCAUGUCUUUAUGCCACCUAGUCCUUCAACUACUCCACCCCAUCCAUAUCAACAAGGACCUCCUAGCUAUCAGAAACAGGGAAGCCAUUCAGUAGCCUAUCUCCCUUACACAGCAUCUAGCUUACCCAAAGGUUCCAUGAAGAAAAUAGAAAUUACAGUUGAGCCCUCUCAGAGACCUGGAACAGCACUUAACCGGAGUCCUUCACCCAUCAGUAACCAACCAUCUCCUCGGAACCAGCACUCCCUGUAUACUGCUACCACGCCACCAUCCGGUUCUCCUUCACGAGGGAUUUCUAGCCAACCCAAGCCUCCAUUUAGUGUUAAUCCUGUGUAUAUUACAUACACACAGCCAACUGGACCUCCAUGUGCUCCAUCACCAUCUCGGGCGAUACCCAACCCAACUACAGUAUUUAAAAUUACUGUAGGCCGAGCAACGACUGAAAAUCUUUUAAACUUAGUGGACCAAGAAGAGCGCUCUGCAGCACCAGAACCAAUUCAGCCUAUUUCAGUGAUGCCAGGCUCGGGGGGAGAAAAGGGAAGCCAUAAAUAUCAGAGGAGCUCUAGUUCUGGAUCAGAUGACUAUGCCUACACACAAGCCUUGCUGUUACAUCAGCGAGCAAGGAUGGAGAGGUUAGCAAAGCAGUUGAAACUUGAGAAAGAGGAGCUAGAGCGCUUGAAGGCUGAAGUUAACAGCAUGGAGCAUGACCUGAUGCAGAGACGGCUCAGAAGAGUCAGUUGCAACACUGCUAUCCCGACGCCUGAGGAAAUGACAAGAUUGAGAAGCAUGAACAGACAACUCCAGAUAAAUGUUGACUGUACACUGAAAGAAGUUGAUCUCCUUCAAUCUAGAGGGAACUUUGAUCCAAAAGCCAUGAAUAAUUUUUAUGACAACAUAGAACCCGGCCCAGUUGUACCACCGAAGCCAUCGAAAAAAGAUUCCUCAGACCCUUGCACCAUUGAGAGAAAAGCCAGAAGAAUUAGCGUGACUUCCAAAGUACAGGCUGACGUCCACGACACCCAGGCAGCAGGAAUAGAUGAGCACCCAUCUGGCUCCAAACUGAGUCCUCGGAUACCAGCCCGAGAUGAAGACUUUGAGGGGGCGCCCUGGAAUUGUGAUAGCUGCACCUUUCUGAACCACCCCGCACUAAAUCGCUGCGAGCAGUGUGAGAUGCCGAGGUACGCUUGACUUCGGAAGAGUCUGCACACAGUCGCAAGUGAUGUUUGGAGCACCUACCCCACGAAAUGGAAGCUUUGGGAAUCUUUCCAUUGGCCCAGCUUUUCUCAUUGUACAUUACACAGGGGGAGACAGAAUGACACUGUUCACUUCUGCUCACUAGAGGAGCAAUGGGGAUUGCGUGUUGGUUUUGUUUCCCUCUUUCUCUCCCUCAACUUAUUACAGAGCACGUGAUAGAUAGGGAUGCUGGAAAUCAGAAAAGGAUUGCUCCUGAAAGAAUGUACUCAGAGAAGCUGAGAACUCUUCUGUGGAACCCCUAAUGUUAAAGUUACUGCUGAGUGGCCCUUAUUGUUGAAACUAGAACUUUGAAUCAUGAUGUAAAAUGUUACAGUUUAUACAGACCAACUGUGAAUUGCCAGAGCAGACAUACCUGAUGACAGUUCUCUGGAAAAACCGAGGCCCACCCCCACCCCCAGCUUCUUCCUGUGGCUUCUUGCUGAAGAGGAGGAUAGGAAAAAGCACCCAGAAUACGAUUUAUUCUGGAUGGGGAAAUUAAAGUAAUUAAGGGUAUUUGUAAUUGCUGCUUUUUUCAGGGGUAAUUUCAACCACACAUACACGGACACAAACAAGAUAUAAAAUGUGAUUUGUAACAGUCAGGAAUUAGGCAUACCCUUUGUUUUGACGUACAAUCAGAGGUGGUCAGAUCCCUUUUGUUUGUACAAUGAUUCAUCAAACUGUAUCAACACUGGGAACUAAGACCUAAUUAUGCCACAUAAUAGUAUAUUUUUAAGUUACUGCAUGCUUUGACAAGGCCAUUGUUUUGCAAGCAAGCAAGUUCCUAUGAAGUAUGAUCUUUUAUAAAUGACAUUCUUGUAAAACUGCGCUUUGCUAAUAGCCCAGGGACUGUAUGCCAAAUGUCAACCCAUUCCAAAAUCCAUUUGGAAAUCUGGAGCUCAGCUGUGGUUCUGUAAGACAUGCUUACAGGCCAUAGGGCUUUCCUUCCUUCCUUUUCCUAUUCCGUUUUCCUCCCUCUUCCCCUUCCUUCCUUCCCUCUCUCCUUUCCAAUUGUGUGAAGAAUUUAUCAUGUUUACAGCACAGAUAAUACUUUGUGCCAUUAUCCUAAUUUAGCUGAGAAAGAAUCAAUCUUAGCUGUUCAGUAAAGAUUCAUUUGCACAUAUGUUAAUACAACAAUGUGAGGGAGAUUACAGUUGGCCAAUAUCAUAAAGUUGCCUGCUGCCUUACUUAGGAAAAAGAAAGCUCAUCAAGAAAUACUGUAAUAGAGAAAGAUGAAUGCAAAGUACUUUAAAAGUAAGAACUUUUCCAACAUAACCUGUGGUAUUCAGAGACGAUGUUGAUUUUGUUCAGGUAGUCCAGACAAUAUUAAAGCACUCCUUAUUUAUGAAACGGACCUUUUAGGGUGUGGCUAACUGAAGAGAUUUAAAGCCAUGUGCUUUACUAGGGUUCAUCACUAGGCAGUUACUACCAGCACAUUUAAUGAAGACCUCCACCAUUGUUGAAGGAGGCCUGGUGGCAUAGUGGGUUAUGUGUUGGACUGCUAAGCACAAGGUUGGUGGUUCAAACCCCCAUCAGG